CCUGAAAGAUUCCAACUGCUGCCAAGAUGCCAAGCCGCCUACUUUUCCGCCGGAGCGGAGUUGAGGUGAUUGCCAUUGGCUGUCCUCCGCUCCUCCUCCCCCCGCCGCUCCAUUUGAGCACAUUGUUCUCUUGGCAUCACAGACGAGGCUGAGGAAAUCGACUCCUCGGCGUUAGCUUCCCUCCACUUGGCGCCAUACCCACGGCAACUCUCACCUUCUUACCUGCCAAACACACAGAAACUAUGAGUAGGGAUGACAGGCACUUGGGAUUUAAAGGUGAGAAGGUUUUCGGGUGAGAGCUCGCCAUUGGAUGAACGCACGACCUAGAUGAAGCUGUGCGAUGACGAGAUUGGUUCCUGAAUAUCUUUAACCUUCUCAUUGACAUGCCAAUGCUUCUUAUUGGCCUCAAUCGCGGUCCAUUGGCUUUCUGUCAGGGUUCUGGAUGCACCGGCCUCGUGGGGGAACCUGGACGACAGCUGCCAUGAGUUAAGAGAUCGUCCGGGGUCCAGAGGAGGAGGAAGUAUAAACACUCUCGUUGAUCUCGUCUUUCUGUUUCCUUUUUCAUUUCACACCUCACAUCUCUGUCUAUCUGCUCCAUUCAGACCUUCUCAUACCUCACUCACCUCAUACCUUCAUCUCUCUCUCAACUCUUAAUCCCACCCACAACCCCCACCAUCCUCUCAAAAUGAAGUCCUUCAUCAUCCUCCCCGCCCUCGCCUCCCUCGCAACCGCCCACUACGACCUCGUCUUCCCCGAAUGGCGCGGUGACUCCUUCGCCGACGGCGCAAGCCAAUGGAUCUACCCCUGCGCCAACGUCACCCAGGAGAAGUCGAACCGCACUCUCUGGCCCCUCGAUGGCGGUGCCGUAAACAUCCACAUGCACCACCACUGGACCUACUAUGCCAUCAACAUCGGCAUCGGAACACUCGAGCCGGCCUUCACAGCCACCCUGACGCCAGAGCUGCACAACACCACCGGCAACGGCACGCUCUGCAUCCCUAAGCUGUCUGUCCCUGCUGGACUGGCGAAGGAGGGUGACAACGCGACCCUGCAGGUUGUGACAUUUGAUAGUUUUGGCUCGGCGCUUUACAACUGCGCAGACAUCACAUUCUCCUCCAAGGCGGUCGAUCCUACGGACUGCAAGACUGAUGGCGUUAAGGAUGUCAUUGUUGGUGCUGAGGCCGCGAAGACGUCUACUGAUACCGCGAAUACGACUGAUGCGGCUCCUACGCCAUCGCAGAGCACUGGUGGUGCUGCGGCGUCGUUUGGGGGUGCUGGUGCGGGCGUGGUGGCUGCGGUGGCGGUCGGGUUGGCUUUGAUGAUUUAA